UGGAAGCAAUUGGUCUGAAAAAACAAAAUAAAUAGCCAUAUACCGACCACAUUUAUCAUUUAAACACUGAUUCUCAUACUCCACUCCUCCUUAUCUAUCUCUAUAUCUAUGUGAUGCCCACCUCAAACCUUACCAUAUCCUACCCUUUUGCCACUGCCCCAUCACCCAUGGACUGGUUCUCCUGGCUUUCAAGAACCUCUCUUGAGCCUUCCUUAAUCUAUGACUACGGCCUCACCUUUGCACGCAAUGAGCUUCAAUUGGAAGAUGCUUGCUACUUCAACCACGAGUUUCUUCAGAGCAUGGGCAUCUCGAUUGCCAAGCACAGACUAGAAAUUCUGAAGCUUGUGAAGAGGGAAGGAAGAGGAGGAGGAGGUCGACCGAAGAAGCUCUCUGGGGUCAUCAAGAAGUGCCUUAGGAAGUGCAUGAACAAGUUUGUUUCUCGUGAUGAUGAUGAUGAUGAUCACGUAGUGAAAGGUGUGCCCUCCUUGAUGCCUGUUUCAAUGGCGCCACCAGAGAUUAAUUGGUACGAAGGGAAAGUGAGAGGGUCAUCGGUUUUGAGGAAGCAACAAGAAGGAAACGAAGAAGCUAAGGAAGAGAAGGCUCUACCUGUGCCUCCCAUGUACAGAAGCAGGACCAUUGCACUUUCAGGACCGUUGGAUGGUAGUAGAAUCAUGCAUGACAAAAUGGUCCACAACAGGGCCUUGAAGCUAUCUGGACCACUUGAUGGAAGAAUGCAUGAGAGAAUGAUGAUGAUCAACUCUAACAGAAGCCCUUUAAUACCUAGGUCUCUGGAUGCAAGAUUUGUAGCCACAGCAAAGAGUCCAAGACUGUCAGGGCCUCUCGAUCCAAGACUCAUGCCUGCGGAGACCAAAAGCCCAAGACCUCCAAGGGCUUCAGAUUCAACAAGGCUCGACAUCGAAAGCCCAAUGUCUUACAGUCCUUAUAACAAGCCCAAAGCCGAUUUUGACUAUGACGAUGAUCACACACUCUGGCCUUCACUGUUUCAAGAUCUGAAACCGACUUGAUUUUGUCUUUUCCGUUCCAUGAUCACGUAUCACACUUCCUUCACCUUUAACAAUUCUCAGUGGUCAGGGUCAUAUCCCAACAUUGAAGCCAACAUCUCUUGCCU